UCUGAUUGCAAAAAAAAAAAAAUAACAAAAUAAAUAUACCUACUCACAAUUUAAUUAGCAAUUUUAUUUUAUUUUAAACAAGAAAAAAUUGUUAAUUGAAUUUAUAAUCAUGGCAAGUGGACAAAUUAAAAUGCUACAACUUUAUCGUAAUUUAAUUAGAGAAGCUAAAAAUUGGAAUGCCUAUAAUUACAGAGAAUAUGCAUUGAGAAAAAUCAGACAUGAAUUUCGUUUAAAUCGAUCAAUUGAAGAUGAAGAAGCAAUUGCUAAUUUUUAUAAAAAAGGAAUUGAAUCACUUGAAAUGAUUAAAAGACAAUCAACAAUUGGAAGUUUAUACAGCGCCAGACCAUUAAUUAUUGAAAAUCAAAAUAUUAAUAAAUCUAGUGUUAAAAAAAGUUUAUAAAUAAAAAUUUAAUGUUA